UCGUGUUCUUUGUAGAAAUCUUCUCCGUAAAAAAUUACUUGCUCACUGUUUGGCAAACGCCACACUGCGUUCAUACGAUUGUGCCACGUGCAAAACAACUUUUCAACGUAAGUGAAAUAUGGAGCAACAAGUUACCAUUCAUCCUUCUUGUGAAAAACCUUAUAGGUGUCAAUUCUGUGGUAAACAGUUAAAGUCAAAACAAACCUUAACUGAGCAUGAAGCAAUUCAUUCAUCGUUGCUUACGUUCAAAUGUGACAAAUGCGAAAAAAUGUUUAAAACUAAGGCAAAUCUAAGAUACCAUUAUAAAGUUCAGCAUUCGAAUUCUGAGACACCUCAUCAAUGCCGAUUCUGUGAUAAAUAUUUGAAAACAAAACAAAUUUUAAAUAACCAUGAAGCACUUCAUUCAUCGGUGUUCCCGUACAAAUGUGACAAAUGCAAAAAAAUGUUUAAAACUAAGCCAACUCUAAUAUACCAUUAUAAAGUUCAGCAUUCGAAUUCUGAGAAACCUUAUCAAUGCCGAUUCUGUGAUAAACGGUUUUACACAAAACAAGAAGUAACUAACCAUGAAACAGUUCAUUCAUCGUUGCGUCCGCAUAAAUGCAACAAAUGCGAUUACACAUAUAAAACUAAGCAAAGUUUAAUAACCCAUUAUAAAGUUCAUCAUGCUGAUUGUGAGAAACCUUAUAAGUGCCGAUUCUGUGGGAAACAUUUGAGUUCAAAACAAAAGUUAAAUAACCAUGAAGCACUUCAUUUAUCGUUACUUCCGUACAAAUGUGACAAAUGCGAAACAAGGUUUGAAACUAAGGCAAAUCUAAGAUACCAUUAUAUAGUUUGCCAUUCUGAUUCUGAGAAACCUUAUCAGUGCCAAGUGUGA